AUGAUGUCCCCGGUGUUGCUAAAAAGCACGACUCGUAUGAGUGGUCUACGGAUCGUGACACACUCGGCGCUGCCAGCGGUACAAGUAGUGCAUCAGACGCAGACGCGUACGUUUGUGGCCAAGCAAGUGUACAAGCUAGCCAAACGCGUGAUGCCGCGCAUGUCUAAUACUGAGAAAGCAGCUUUGGAAAGCGGUACUGUGGGUUUUGAUCGGGAUAUUUUUUCGGGAUCGCCAUCUCUUGCAAUGCUGGACAAGUAUUCGGCACGAUUGAACGCUGAAGAACAAGCUUUUAUGGACAAUGAAGUUCAGCAGCUGUGCGAAAUGAUCGAUGACUACGAAGUCACGCGCACCCAAGACAUGCCACUUAAAGUUUGGCAGUUUAUUAAAGACAAGGGAUUUCUUGGUAUGAUCAUACCUAAGGAGUAUGGUGGCAAACAAUUUAGUGCUCAUGGUCACUCGGUUGUAAUCACGAAGAUUGCUACACGUAGUGCAUCAGCUGCCGUCACAGUGUGCGUGCCUAAUUCACUUGGACCUGCUGAGCUACUGCUUCGUUAUGGAACCGAAGAGCAGAAGAAUUACUUUUUGCCUGAUCUAGCAAAUGGCAAACACCUUCCGUGUUUCGGUCUCACAGGACCGACCUCGGGCUCGGAUGCUGCUAACAUGCGUGAUACUGGCACUGUGUGCGAGCAGGAUGGUGUACUGGGCAUUCGUGUUACGUUUAACAAGCGCUACAUCACUUUGGCACCUGUUGCCACAUGUGUUGGACUCGCGGUGGAUGUGAAAGAUCCUCAGGGAUUGCUGAAAGGUAAAGGCAGUCCAGGCAUUACUGUGGCAUUGCUAGAGCGCAACCAUCCUGGCCUUCAGAUGGGCAAACGCCACGACACCAUUUCAAUCCCAUUUAUGAAUGGUCCCGUAACGGGUCAGGAUGUGUUUAUCCCCAUGUCGAAGAUUAUUGGCGGUCAAGAGCGUGUCGGGUACGGCUGGAAUAUGCUUAUGGACUGUUUAGCUGAAGGUCGCUCCAUCAGUUUGCCGGCUUCGGCAGUGGCUGGUGCUAAAUUAUCAGUCAAUGCAGUUGGUGCAUAUGCGCGUAUUCGUCAGCAAUUUAAGGUGCCGAUUGCUAAUUUGGAAGGCAUUCAGGAGCAGCUUGCUAUCAUGGGUGGAAACGCCUUUAUUAUGACAAGUGGUCAGCAUAUGGUAAACGCUAUGAUCAAUCAGCACGAGCAGCCUGCCGUUAUUAGUGGCGUGUGCAAGCAACAAAUAACGGAUCGUGGUCGUGAUACAGUCAUUCGCGCUAUGGAUGUUCUCGGUGGAGCUGGUAUCUGCAAGGGCCCUAACAACUUUCUAGCCAACAUUUACACAUCUCUUCCCGUCGUCAUUACAGUAGAAGGUGCCAACAUUUUGACGCGCUCUCUCAUCAUCUUUGGUCAAGGGUUGACACGAGCUCACCCUCAUCUCUAUGAGCUCAUCAAGACUAUCCAGCACGGCGAUGACCUUGAAGGGUUUAAAAAGGAGUUGUUAAAGCUGGUCAAGCAUGGAGUAUCAAAUACCGCUGGUUCUCUUAAAACGGCUGUCACACGCUCGCGCUUCAAAAAGCAAAGUGGCCUGCUUGCUCAUUAUGAAUCUCAGAUGGACAAGCUUGCAAAGAAUUUUGCUAUGAGCGCAGAUCUAUCGCUGGUGCUUGGUGGCAAGCUGAAGUUUGCUGAAAUGAUUUCUGGCCGAUUCGCUGAUGUGUUUUCGAGUCUAUAUCUGGGCUACUCUACAAUGUGGUUCUACAAGAACAAUCGUCACGUUGAAGGUAUUGACGUUAUCUUCGACUAUGCUAUGACACAGCUUUGUUAUGAAGCGCAACAGGGUAUCGUAAGCAUUAGUAAGAACUUUCCAGUGCCAGGAGUUGGUCCAAUCAUGCGUGGACUGUCGUUUCCAUUUGGCUUGCCUUACGAUGCACCUACAGACAAGCAGAUGCGCAAAGUUUCUGAGCUAAUUUCAACUGAUUCGGCUGUGCGUAGCCUACUAAGCGACAAUGUUUUUGUAUCCGAAAAUCCAGAGGAUCGUGUUGCACUUUUAAACGCGACACUACCCAAGGCCGUGAAGGCCAACCGCACGCUUACCGCAUUGCGGAAGCAAAAGCGAAGUGCAACGGUCGACGAGCAAAAGUUCAUUGAUGAGGUUGAGGCUGCACGCGAAGUCAUUAUUCAAGUCGACAGUUUUGAUGGUCUUGGUGCUGAAGUUGGCAAGCCCAAGGACUAUGUGCGUCCGGGUAUGAUUGGCAACAAAUUUGAUGUGAAGAAAUAG